GUUGUCAAGGCCCAGACGAAGUCGGAGAAACUCAGAGAGCGCCAGUUCACUCCAACACCUCCUUCUUCUGACGACGAUGAGCAUGAUAGAAAAAAGAGGAAUAGGAACGGUGAUCAACAUCGAGGAGAACGUAGAACGCAUGCAGAUCGAUCUGAAGAAAAUGGCAGUAGCAAGGAAAAGAAAGAGAAAGAGUCCUUAAAGAAGAGGAUAGAACCAAAGCAAGACGAUAAGGUGCAGCGUUUGAUCCGUCUGAAAGAGAUUCUGAAACAGAGAAAUGGGCCGGAGCAAAUUGAAGAGUUCAGAAGACGGUAUCUGGAAAGAAGAGAAAAUGGCGUUGUUGUUCCUCCGCUUUAG